CAUGUUGUUAUUAUGGUUCAGAUCCAUGAGAUGGAGUACCAAGGCGCCAACUUGACUGUCUACAGCACCUUUAACGUUGACUCUUCAGUGGGCCGCAAACUACAGUUUCGUCUCGACAUGGACUCGACAAAUCAUAUCACAUCCAAUCCCUAUCUUGUGAGCCCUAAUGGCACUCGUAUCACCACUGCAGUGCUGGACAGCAUCAUAAAUAUGUGGACCAUUGACGUGGCGCUUGCACAGACAGGGAGGUGGAAAUGGAGUGUCGGUUUGUCUGGGAAUGUCAACAACCACGUUCGUGUAAGCGUGACAGCACAAGCCAGGGAGCCUACCAGUAUGCCGAUCUACUCCCGGGCCUGGAUGAGCGCCGGGGCAGGCGACGUGGACGCCUCCGCCAAUCCCAUCAUUAUCUACGCUGAGGUGAAGCAAGGAAAUAACCCCGUCGUCGGCGCCCGUGUUAGGGCAUAUGUGAGUCAACCAGACACAACAGCCCGAGCCACUGAGUUAGAGCUGCUGGAUAAUGGACAAGCAGCAGACAACCAGGCAGGAGAUGGUGUCUACUCCCGCUAUCUCACUGUCUACUCUACCACAGGGAGAUACGCCGUCAAGGCUCAGGUGUGAGGCUUGCAGCUAUGUGUGCUCUU